AAACACACUUACUGCAAUAUAAUUUUCCUGCAAUCUAAAGUAUUAUUCACAAAAAAUGCUGAUCUAAAUGCCUGAAUUUGGUGAUCUUGUGCACUCAGGGAUUAAGGUUCAGAUUUUGUCUUACACUUGUGAUUAGCAUUAACUUGUUUUUAGCUGAGAAUAAGAAGGAAUAAAUCAGGAAUAUAGUGAACAAUGUCAUUUUCCCUUGAAAGGGUUGGAAGAAUAAUUAAAAAAGAUGUUUCACUCAUAUAAUUCCAUUUUUUAUAUACAUGUCAAUGAUCACCUCUCAUCUAUCACAGCUGAGAGCAAAAACAUUCCAGUAAAAGAAAUAUGUGGGAGUGGAGGAAAAGACUGGGCAGAGAAUAACGUUUGAAGGAAUGAAAAGAAUGAAGUAAAAAAGACCAUUUGGCUCCUCUGGUGAUUCGCUGCAGGGUCGCCAGGCUGAGCUCUCAGCACAUGUAAUGUUUUUCCUAAAAUGCAUCACAUCCUCUGUGUGUGUGUGUUAUUAAUGAAGACAUAUCUUGGUUCAGUAGCAGAGUUGGGAGUAAAACACACAUUCCAGAGUUUUCAGGAAUUCAAUUACUGUAAAUUAACUAACAAGUGCUGAAUGAUUCAUAAGACAGUAAUUUGAAAACUCUGACAAGACCACUACAUUUUAACCAAACUGUCCCAGAACAAUAGGAAAGAAAUGGAUUUUUAUGGGAAUGUUGUUAAAAGAGGCAAUUUGAAAGGUAUCUUUUUACAUUUUUAAGAGGUUGCAGGAUAUCAAUUUUGAAGUCUGCAAGCUAAAACGAUGGUAUUUCAUUAUUUUUAGUAUAUAUAUAUUUGUCUAUUCCAGACAUACAGUUUUUAUACAUUAAACUGUACUGUAUUUUUGUUGAAACAAGCACAGAUUCUUUGCUUAGCAAUUACAUGUUUAAAAUGAAACGUAGAAAACUCAGAAUCAGCCACCAGUCACCCGCAGAAGGGACGCAAAACUUAAUAAAUCAAAAUAAAUCUAGCCAUUUUAGAAGUUUGUGUUCAAUCAGCUACAUUAAAAUACAUUUAUUAAAUGACGGUUUAGUUAAAAAAAUGGAAAUGAGUUCAAUUUUACUUUGCAGACUGUUGGAAUAUAACUUCAAAGUACCACUAGAGGGCGACAGAGCGCAUCUACAGUCUGUUUUGUAUUGUAUUGUUUUGUUGUAAGCACAACACUUAUCUUUUCCCCACACACUCUGUCACUUUUGGGUAUUCAUUUCUUUUGUAAUCUAACAUAUCAGACACCUCAGCAGUUCAUCAGAAUGUAACUUUUUCAUGUUUUUGAUGAAAGUUUUGAUGCAAAAUUCUGAGGUGAAGCUCCUAUAAUCACACUCCUAUCAUCAUACACUUGUUCUUCCAAGUUCCAUAAUUGAAAACUACAUCGCCUACCAUUAUCUUAAAAACAAGAAUUAAUUUAGUUAUGUUUCCCCAUUAAACGCAAUUUGCUGACAGCUUGAAAAGAAAUUCAAUUUAAUAAAGUUAAUCUGCAUUAUGCGUUUUCGCAAAGGGUGCUGUUUGGCGCGCAGACUAGCGGCUCUCGCAGUGAUGGGAAGUCGGGCUCUUUUCAGAGAGUCGGCUUUUUUAGCUCAACUCCCAGAGAAGAGCCAACUCUUUCGACUCCCGGACGACUCUUUGUUGUUGUAAAAACUGAUAGCUUGUGGACUGUGGGAUGGGGGGGAACGUUUAUCGGGAGAGGGGGCGUGGUUUCCGCUCGGACUGUUUUGGUGUGACACUCAUUCAUUCUCACGUGUUCUUUGCUUGGAAAGCUUGGAGUUCUUUGCUGAACACGCCGCUUCCGACUCCCGCUCUUCGGCUCUUCAAGCUUAUGUUUAGUGUUUUUAUGAAAAUCGCAGUAGUAGUUGGAACCGCCCGCGUCUGUUCGAAAGUUUCGGCGAGACUUGAUGCAAUUUGAAGCCUUGACGAAAACGUUUUAGUGCCACCUCAGAGCGCAAAACAGCACAUUUGGAGUGUUGUGACUGCAGGCUGCAGCACAAGGUAAGAACGCGCCGUGCAGGCAGUAGACAUGAUUUAUUAACUGCUGAAUUGUAUUGAAAUAACAGUUUUACUCAGGCUGUAUCAUGUGAUGCCGUCAUUAAUCCUGUUAGGCCUGACCAUGUGUUCAACAUGCGUAUUUUUAUUCUUUUUUUUUCCCCCCUGUUGAAAAUAAGUUCCCUCAGCUAUGGAGGAGGAGGAAGGAAACUCCAUCUGCAUGCAGUAUUCAUCAUCUGAAGAUGAGGACCUACUGUUUCCCGACAAUCCCAUUGAGGAUGUGGACUACACUGCCCCGUUAUCGUUUUCGGAAAGCGAUGAAGAGUAUGAGCUACCCAAAAAGACCCCGCGGAAGAAACGCGGAAGAAGAACUGCUCCAGGAGAAUCACAGCCAUCGGCACCUCCCCCCACCACAGAGAAGAGACGACGCUCCUCUCUGGAAAAUUCCACUGCAGCCACUCAGCCUACAGAGAAGCCGUCGGCACCUACAGGGAGUGAGACCAGGUGGCGUGACCGAGACGAAGAGGACAGCAAACCUGUCCCGUUCAGAUUUGUGCCGGCCAGGACCCCCGGUCCUACGUUUCCCACCACCACAGCGUGGUCUCCCCUCAGCCUCUUCCAGCUUUUCUUUUCAGCAUCUGUUGUGCAGAAAAUCAUUGACAAUACAAACAAAAAUGCUGUGAGAAGAAAAAACGCUGGGUUGAAAUACAAGUGGGAAGAGCUCACCAUGAAGGAGUUCUAUGUCUUCAUGGCCAUUCUCCUCUUCACUAGCCUUGUGUCAGUCCACCACAGGUCAGACUAUUGGAGGAAGAAAUGGCCAUACAAUUUCUCCUUCCCUGGUGACCACAUGACCAGGGACCGCUUUGAGGCCAUUAUGUGUUCGCUUCACCUCAGCGACCCAAAAGAGGAUGAGGAAAAUGAGGAAAAAAAACACACCGCUGAGUACGACAGGCUUUUCAAGCUGAAGCCUCUCUACACAGAGAUCGUCAACGCCUGUAAAGCUCAUUUCCAUCCAUACCAGAAUAUCUCCAUUGAUGAGCGGAUGGUUGGAAGCAAAGCCAGGAUCAGCAUAAAACAGUACAUGAAGAACAAACCAACGAAGUGGGGAUACAAACUGUUUGUGCUGGCUGAUUCAGUAACAGGCUAUACCUGGAAUUUUUUUAUAUAUACAGGUAAAAGUGAAUCCUCCACACCUCACGGUCUGUCCUACUCCUCAGUAAUGGACCUUAUGCCUUUCUCUGCCCUUGGUAGCGGCUACACCUUGUACACAGACAAUUUUUAUACAAGCCCCGCUCUCUUCACCGAUCUGUUGGCUAAGAAGAUUGGCUCUUGUGGUACCAUUAGACAAAAUCGAAUUGGCCUCCCUCAGACACUCACCAAUGACCUACCCAAAACGGCUGAAAGGGGGGACAUUCGUUGGGUCAGGAAUGGCCAGCUAUUAUACGUGAAAUGGAUGGACACAAGACAGGUAGCGAUGUGCUCCACGGUCCACCAGGCCUACAGCGGACAGACGGUGACGAGAAAGCUGAAAGAGGCUGGGGUGUGGACCAACAAGGUCAUCCCAGUUCCCGACAGCAUCAAGGACUACAACUGCUACAUGGGUGGCGUGGAUUUAUCGGAUGCACUAAUAAAAUCUUACUCUAUCCACAACAAAGCCAUACAGUGGUAUAAAACUUUUUUUUUCCACUUUGUGGACAUUGCAACAGUGAACAGUUACCUGCUGCACAAGGAGGUGUUGAAGUUGCAACGGGACCCCAGCCAGACGCAGCCCUUGACCCACAAGCUCUUCAAGGAGAAGCUGGCCCAGGAGAUGCUGGAGUUUGCCGUGGGCUUAGCGGCCCCCCCGCCCCCCUCCACCUCCUGCAUGCCCUUAUUCAACGACAGCCAGGAAGGUCGGGCCAGGAGGUACUGCAAGAGGUGCCACGACACCGGAACGCCCCGAGUGAAGACGGCUGUGGUGUGUCGGAAAUGUCAGGUUCCUCUCUGCCUCACCUCAAAGAGGAACUGCUUCCAGCUGUGGCACGAUGGACAGUGAUGUAUGUGUGUUACUGUCCAGGACAAUGUGUAAUGUGUAAAUAGUUGUUUGGGUUUUAUGUGUAUGAUUUUAAUUUUUUUAUAGAAGUAUUUCUAUAGAUGUUAAAAUUGUAUAAGAAGUGAGGGUAACGGCGGUGUUGCAUUUUUUUCUACAACAUUUUUUUUUUAUGUAUUUCAGAAUAUUUACCGGAAUGUGUGUCAGUCAUAUUGCAGCAGUUGUAUGUCUUGAAGAAAAACAGGGGGGGUGUUUAAAUAAGCUCGUCCUCUGCCCACUCCCUUUCGAGCUGGAGCUGACUCAUUCGUUUUUUCUUUUCUUUGUUGCUGUUUUUAGUUUCCUCGAAGUUGAAUUUUUUUUUUCUUGGUUGUUUUUUUUUUGUCUGACUUGAAAUAAAGACAUUCAAU